AAGCCUUCAUUUCCGACGACUUGUUCUGACCAGUCGGACCUGUGUCACGCGUAACAGUAAUUUACGUUGUGACAAAACUAUUUCAGUACUUUGUGACGCAAUCCGUGACGAUGAAGCCGAGAAGCAUACGCUGCAUGAAGUUUUUUCUCACCCUCUUCAAUAUAAUAUGCAUACUCUUCGGCCUAGUCCUAAUGGCGAUCUGCGUGAUGAACCUGCGCGAGCGCAAGUCCCGGCCCGAGCCGCAGUCGGCUCUUUCCCGCGGCGUGCUCUCUUUCCUGCUCACUCUUGGUCUCUGCCUCGUGGUCACAGCUAUACUCGGCUGCAUUGGAGCAUUGAGGGAACACGUUAGGAUACUUUACGUGCACGCCUGCUUCUUCAUAUUCCUGGUGUCGAUCGAAGUGGUGGUGGGGGUUGGGGGGGCGGUUCUGAGCGCCUGGGUGGGGGGAAGCAGCGAGCUGAGGCACCAGUUCUUCAGGAACCUGACCAUUGAAGAUGAGCUGUCCACACACCAAGCGUUUUGGGAUCCAUUACAAUCUGAGAACCAAUGCUGCGGCGUAGACGGCCCUCAAGACUACUCAAUCCUUCACCGCGAGAUCCCUCCCUCUUGCUGCGCCCGCGCAUAUCCAUUGCGCGAUGGAGGGGCGCGUCGUCAGAUCCACGCCGCCUGUCUUACGGACAAGACGUAUUACGAUAGGGGCUGCGAAGAGGCCUUAAGGCAGAAGAAGGCGUUGAAAGGCAACAUUUUUAUAUCGACCGGCAUUAUAUUUGCGCUACUCGAGAUUCUCUGCAUCGUUUUGGCGUUAUGGAUGGCUCGUACUAUAAGAGUGGAACGUCGAAAGCUUCAGCAAAACUUGCAAGCUCACUUUGAAAGUUAAUUAUAAAAAAAUCACGUAUAUUUUCUUAUUCACGGUAUAGAAAUCAGUAUUGCGCACAGGAAUGCAUAGAAUUAAUUAGCAGUAUAAUUAAAUACUGGGUAUAAUAAAAUAAUAUAGCUACAAUUUUGGAAAAUAUUUUUGAGAAAAUAACAUUUUAGACCUAUUGGACUUUUAAAAUUGAUUACCAAAAGCUACUUUAUGGAAAAUUACAGUGUUUAAACUUUUUCAAAUGUUAGUUAAGAUUUUAUUAAUCCCACACCAUUUUCAGUAGAUUCGAACACAUUGAGGUUUUAAUUAAUGUUUCAAUAAAUUCUGUAAUUUUAAGAAUUUGUCAUUAGCUGACCUGUGAUAAUUCGUAGCUCUAAAAUAAACAGCUGGAAGCUGGAUGGGACCAAUUCUGAUAUUUUAGGUGGAAACAGACGAAAUAUAUGUCUUUAUCCAUAGUUUAUUUAUAAUUUCAUUCACUUGUUAUUAUUUAAGUUAUAAAUUAUCAUUUAAAACACCUAUCUUAAUAUUACGCAUGCUAAAGACAUACACAUUCUAUUCACUUUUCUAUACGUAUUUGCUUGUGCGCGAGAAACAUAAAUUAUUGUGUUUUAGUUGACAUCAUGGCAGAGUUGAAAUAGGCAUAAGUUUUUUUGUUUAUUUCACUCUAAUCUGGUAAUCGUGAAAAUGUAAAAAGAGCAAUUAAACUAUGCUAGACCAAAAAUUUUAUAGGCUCUACACAUUCAUAGAAUUUAGUUUGUAUCUCUUGGAAUAUUGUGACAGUUCACUUGUGUGUGAAUAAUUUAAAAUAUAGUGUGCUUAAGAUGUGAAGUCUAAAAAAGUUCUAUAUUAGCCUAUUAUUAGGUACACUUGCCAGAUUUUUAUCGAAUAUGUACUAAUUUAUGUGUGAUGGACUUGUUUGUUUGCUUGAUAUUUGGUGAUGUUUUUUAAGGAUACACAUUGUAUUUCAAUCAUGAUCCGUUCACACAAUAAAUCGUAUCACAUUGCAAAAACUAACGUCAUUUUAUCAUAAUAAUGGUCAUUUUAAUUUUAAGUAUUGUAAACAAUAACAUUGAGCGAAGACAAGUACAAUAUAAAAUAGUCAAAUUAACAAUAUCGUUAUAAAUUAGGUACCUACAGUUAAAAUAUUAUACUAUCACUUCUAAAAGCACGCCAAUACAAAUUGAAU